UUUUAUGCUCGAGUUGUCACAGGUUGUCACUGGACAGGGGUAACUCUGCAUUACUUCAUUCUCCUGCCGACUGCAUAUCAACAAUUGCAGUGUACAGAAGCGAUCUGUUUCAUAUCUUUGAACAUUACUUUAUUUACAAUGGCAUCAUCACUGGAACAACUAAAGCAAUACACAACAGUUGUUGCUGAUACUGGUGAUUUUAAAGCAAUUGACAAGUUUAAGCCUACAGAUGCUACCACAAAUCCAUCAUUAAUAUUGGCAGCUUCUAAGAUGCCCGAGUAUAAACACUUACUCGAUACAGCUGUGAAAUAUGGCAAAGAAAAUGGGAAGGACAACAAUGAGCAAGUUGAAAUGACAAUGGAUAUGUUGUAUGUGCUGUUUGGUAAAGAAAUACUAAAGAUUGUUCCUGGUCGUGUUUCUACCGAGGUUGAUGCAAGACUUUCAUUUGACAUUGAAGGACAAUUGAAGAAAGCUCGGCGCUUGAUUAACCUUUAUGAAAAAGAUGGAAUCAACAGAGAGAGAAUUUUGAUCAAACUAAGCUCAACUUGGGAGGGUAUUAAAGCUGCUGAAAUUUUGGAAAAGGAAGGAAUUCAUUGCAAUAUGACUCUUCUCUUUAGCCUUGCACAGGCAGUUUCAUGUGCCGAGGCUCAAGUCACUUUGAUUUCACCUUUUGUUGGACGUAUAUUUGAUUGGUAUGUUAAAAAUACUGACCAAAAAACUUAUGCCCCGGCUGAUGAUCCAGGUGUAAAGAGUGUCACUGGUAUCUACAAUUACUACAAGAAGUUUGGCUACAAAACAGUUGUGAUGGGGGCCUCAUUUCGGAACAUUGGGCAAAUUACUGAACUGGCAGGAUGUGAUCUCUUGACAAUUAGCCCAAAACUAUUGGACAUACUUAGUUCUUCAAAAGAUAAUGUUCAGAGGAAAUUAUCUCCUGAAGCUGCUGCAGCUAUGGACAUCAAAAAGAUUACCUUGGACGAGAAAGCAUUCAGGUGGUUGCUCAAUGAGGAUGCCAUGGCUACCGAGAAAUUGUCUGAGGGGAUUAGAAAGUUUGCAGCUGAUUCUGUGAAGCUUGAGGAUAUGAUUAAAGGGCACCAUUAAUUAUGAUAAAUGAACAUAUGAAGGAAAUUUUCAAUUAGAUUGACCACACUGAUACUUAAAGUGAAUUGAACUUAGCCACUGGUAGCAUUAUAAAUAAUUCAUCAUGCAAUUAUACGUUAACCAUAUUUUUGA